AUGGCGGAUUCCCGCCUAAACAAAGUGCUGAUCCCCGCGCUCGAGAAGAUCCAGAAAAAUGCUUCAUGGCGCAAGCAUUCCAAGCUCGGCGCAGAGUGCAAAUCCGUUAUCCAGCACCUCACCUCACCGAAUCGGAGCCCUACCGCCGAGGCGUCUUUGCAGCAGGGCGUUGUUCUGGAUUUUUCAUUGUACGAUUCCGAGAUCGUGCUCAGUCCAAUCAUCAACGCACUCUCCACGAGCUACCUCAAAGUUUCGGAGCCUGCUCUUGAAGCGGUCCAGAAAUUGAUCGCCCGCGGCUACUUGCACGGCGAAGCGGACCCCAGCGGCGGGGCGGAGGCGAAGUUGCUCUCGAAAUUGAUCGUCUCCGCUUGCAAUUGCCACGAUUUGGGGGACGAGUAUGCGGAGCUGUUGGUGAUCAAGUUGCUUCUCUCAGCGGUCACGUCGGUUUCGCUGCAGCUGCAUGGUGAUUGCCUGCUGCAAGCGGUGAGGACGUGCUAUGACUUGUAUUUGAAUAGUAAGAAUGGGGUGAAUCAGACGACAGCCAAGGCCUCGUUGAUUCAGAUGCUAGUUAUUGUGUUUAGGCGAAUGGAGGCCGAUUCUUCUACGGUGCCAAUGCAGCCUAUUGUGGCCGCGGAGCUUAUGGGGCCAGUAGAGAAGGCGGAUGUGGAUGAGGCAUUUGAGAUGAAAAAUUCAACCGUAGAGGGCACGAAUCCGGCAGAUUUGUUGGACUCGACGGAUAAGGAUAUGCUGGACGCUAAGUAUUGGGAGAUCAGCAUCUAUAAGACGGCAUUAGAGGGUAGGAAAGGAGAGUUAGCAGACGGUGAGGGAGAAAGGGAUGAUGAUUUGGUGCGGAUUGGAAACAAGUUUAGGAGGGAUGCUUUUUUGGUUUUCCGGGAUUUGUGUAUGCUUUCUAUGAAGACUCCACUCAAGGAUGCUGCUGCAGAUCCCCAAGCAAUGAAGGGGAAGAUUGUGGCAUUGGAAUUGCUCAAAAUUUUACUGGAAAACGCUGGGGAAAUAUUUAGGACUAGUGAAAGAUUUUUAGAUGCUAUAAAGCAGUACUUGUGUUUGUCACUAUUGAAGAACAGUGCUUCAACUCAUAUGACCGUUUUCCAGCUCUCAUGCUCCAUAUUUAUGAGCCUGGUGUCGCGUUUUAGAGCUGCAUUGAAAGCAGAAAUCGGGGUAUUUUUUCCUAUAGUAGUCCUCCGAGUGUUAGAAAACGUUGUGCAACCCAAUUUUCAGCAGAAGAUGACAGUCCUUCAGUUUCUGGGGAAGCUGUGUGUAGAUUCACAGAUCUUGAUAGAAAUAUUCCUUAGUUAUGAUUAUGACUGUGAUGCUACUUCCAAUAUAUUCACGAGAAUGGUCAAUGGACUACUUAAAACUGCUCAGGGCGUUCCACCUGGGGUUUCAAGCACACUUCAGGUCCUGCAAGAUGCUAGUAUGAAGCUAGAAGCUAUGAAGUGCUUAGUUGCUAUCCUAAAAUGCAUGGGUAACUGGAUGGACAAGCAAUUGCAAAUUGCAGAUAUUCAGUCAUCAAAGAAACUAGAUGCUGCAGACAAUGGUUCUGAUACUGGGAGCCCCCCUCGCCCAAAUGACAUUAUAGAUGAGCCAACUAAAAGAUCGGACACACAGUCUGAAGCCUCCAGUGAAGUUUCUGAUGUUUCAACCCUGGAGCAGUGUCGUGCCUAUAGAGCUCGCAAGUCAGAGUCAAUUUAUUAUUCCUCCAUAAAUACGGUGGUCCUCAAGUUCAUGAUUGAAGAAUGUUGGGCUCCAAUGCUGGCUGCCUUCAGUGUUCAACUUGACCAAAGUGACGAUGAAAUUGUGAUAGCCCUCUGCUUAGAGGGCUUUCGUCGUGCAAUCCAUGUCACUGCAGGAAUGUCCAUGAAAACUCAUAGAGAUGCUUUUGUGACAUCAUUAGCCAAGUUUACCUCACUUCACUCACCUGCAGAUAUCAAAAAGAAAAAUAUUGAUGCAAUCAAGGUCCAUCUGUGUACAUCUAAUCCUCGGGUUUUCAGCCUCACUAAGAUUGUUGAGAUCGUGCACUACAACAUGAACCGCAUUAGGACUGUGUGGUCUAAGAUUUGGCAAGUACUAUCUGAUUUUUUUGUGACCACUGGCUGUUCAGAAAAUCUUUCUAUUGCAAUAUUUGCAAUGGACGCUUUGUGCCAGUUAUCAAUGAAAGUCUUGGAAAGAGAAGAAUUGGCUAACUUUAACUUUCAGAAUGAGUUCAUGAAGCCUUUUGUAAUUGUAAUGUGCAAGAGUAGUGCUGUUGAAAUCCGAGAAUUGAUUAUCAGAUGUGUUUCUCAGGUGGUGUUAUCCCAAGUGAAUAAUGUCAGAUCGGGAUGGAAGAGCAUAUUUAUGGUCUUCACAACAGCUGCGUAUGAUGAUCAUAAGAACAUUGUCCUCCUCUCAUUCGAAAUAAUUAAGAAGAUUUUUCGUGAUUAUUUCACAUAUAUUAUUGAAACUGAAUCUACUACUUUUACGGACUGCGUAAAUUGUUUGGUUGCAUUCACCAAUACUAGGUUCAACAAAGCAAUUAGCCUUAAUGCCAUAGGUUUACUUCAGUACUGUGCUGAAAGACUUGCCGAAGGAGAUCUAAGGAAGGAAGCUCCUGAAGUGGCUUCUCCACCUUCACCUCAAAUUGGUAAAGAAAGAAAAAGUGGGGAACCUGCAAAGAGGGUGGACCAUCUCUAUUUAUGGCUUCCUUUGUUGGCAGGUUUAUCUGACCUGAGCUUUGACCCCAGUCCUGAAAUCAGGGAGGGUGCCUCACGAAUACUAUUUGGUACUUUGCGUAACUAUGGGCAUCACUUUUCCCUAGCCUUGUGGGAGAAGGUGUUUGAAUCUGUCCUUUUUAGUAUAUUUGAUGAGUCUGCGCACAUAGAUAAUGGUGAGAUGGAGGAACUCAAUCAAGAUUCAUGGAUGCAUGAGUUGUGCACAUUGGCUAUGCAAUUAGUCGUAGAUCUUUUUGUUAAUUUCUAUGAUACGAUCAAUCCCCUUCUGAAGAAGGUGCUGAUGCUACUGGUCAGCUUUAUCAAGCAUCGUCAUCAAAGCCUUGCUAUUAUUAGUAUUACUGGUUUCGUUCGCCUAAUUAGCAAUGCUGGGGAGAUGCUCUCUGAAGACAAGUGGUUGGAUGUGGUUUCAUUUCUCAAAGAAGCGUUAAAUGAAACAUGUCCGGAUUUUUCCUUUAUCCUUGAUGACAAUAGCACAACAGAGGCCUGGGGAGAUGAUGUGAAUGAGAGCAGUCAUGAUGAAUCUGCCGAGGCAAUCACCUCCAAUGUUGAUUCAGAUAAUAACUUAGGGAGUCAUCGUCUGUACGCAGCUAUAUCCGAUAUCAACUGCCGAUCUGGAAUUCAGCUUUUACUAUUACAGGCUAUAGAGGAUGUCUACAAUAUGCACAGAGCUCGAUUAUCGUAUAAAAACAUUUUUAUCCUUUUCGACGUCGUGCAUGCUGUGGCAUCUCAUGCUCGCAAUAUAAAUAGCAAUGGAGUGCUACGUCAAAAGCUCAAAGAACUCGGGUCCGUGAUGCAAAUGGACGAUCCUCCUCUACUUCGCCUUGAGACUGAGUCUUACAUGAAUUGCCUCAAAUUUCUGCAGAAUCUUGCACUUGAUAGACCACUUAGUUAUGAGGAGUCAGAAGUGGAGUCUUAUCUUGUCAACCUCUGCCAAGAGGUCUUGCAGUUCUACAUUGUAGUUGCCUGCUCGGGACAUCUUCCCGGCUCAUCUCUCGACAGGCAACCACAGUGGACGAUACCACCAGGAUCUGGAAGACGAACAGAACUGGCUGCACGAGCACCUCUUAUCGUUGCUGUUCUAAAGGCUAUAGGUACCUUAGGAGAUUCGUCAUUCCAUAAGAACUUGUCUUGCUUCUUUCCAUUGCUUUCGAGCUUGAUAGGUUGUGAACACUUUUCAAAUGAGGUCCAACUCGUGCUGAGUGAUGUACUCCACUCAUCAGUGGGUCCAAUUCUCCUACGUUCGUGUUGACCUCUGGCCCACACCUUUUUUUCAGUUGUAUGAUAAAUUUUUUUCUU